GGAGUAAAAGGUUCACGUAUGGUAAUAGAAAAAGAAAUAGAGAAACUAGGAAGUAAAUUUUGGGAAUUGCAAGAAAACUCUGAAGACAAUGGCGGAAGAAACGCCGGAAGGACACCUGGUAGAGUCCAUGUCGGCGGAGGAGGAGGCCUCACCCAAUAAGAAUGAUGGGAAUGAAGGGACAAGUUCGGAAGAAUCUUCACUGGGAAGGUGUCUCUCUACUUUGAUCUCUACGAUAAUUCAAGAUUUCGAUAACAGAGCUGAACACACUCUUCGCAGCCAAGAUCAACUCUCCUUCGCCCUCCAUCGUCUUACUGCAGAGCUUGAUCAAUUGUUAGAUGAUGCACCAUUGCCUUUCGUUAUGCAGCAUGCUGCCAGAAUUUCUGGUGUUAGGAAAAGGUUUACAUCUCUAAAUUCAGUUUUAAAGUCCAUACAGCGCCGCAUUGAUAAUAUAGAUCGAACCUUGUCAGCUGCCUCGCUCCAAGGAAAACAUGUUGCACGAAGAGGUGAUUGAUGGGAAUGGAGAGGAGAAGGACAUUGGAACCCUCACAAUUUUAUCUUACUGCCACACAGAGGCCUUAUUUUGCAUGAGAUGUUUUGUUAUUGGAGGUCAAUUAUCCCCCACUCGUCCAAGUUGGAGAGUUUAGAAUUGAAGCAUAAGGAGAUAAGCUCUCUCUUCGUUUUUUCCUAUGCAUUCACCUUUUCUCCUAUUUACAUUCUCCUUCCAUCAAACAAGGAAAGAUCACACUGGCUCCAAAGGCAUUUAUCUACCACCUUUGUGACAGAUUCUUGUUCUUCAUAUUGACCUGGUUGUGAUGGAUGCUGAAUAAUUCCUUCUUCAAAAUUUUUUUUUCCCUUUGAGGAGUGUAUGGGGGACAGUUCUCGGUUUCAUAUGUUGGUGCGGUCUAUAGUGGGCAUUCAAAUUCUUUAGCAAAAGGUGUCACUAAUAGGAAUCCUUGCACCAAAAGGGCCUUUUUCUGAACGCUUUUUUUUUUUUUUUAAUAACUUUAUGUGAUGGUAAGCUUUUCUUAACCUCUCUUAUAGGGUGGGAAAAGGUUGACUAGUUUACUCUGCUUAUCUUUUCGUACAUGGUAAUCAUCUGUUUGUUUUCACAGAGUUUAAUUCCAUAAUACCUUGUGCUCUCUCAAACACGUACCAAUUGUUACAUUUUGCACUUGUUAACUGGAAGCUUUUGUUUGCAUCAACUGUUAAAGCUUGCUCAACGUUUCAAUUUCUUUUUUGCUCAAUGGCAUC